AAUGGCCCCUGAAAAAGUUACUUAUAAAAAGGAACUUGUGCAAUACAUAGAGUCAAUUAUAACAACAUAAUAGUAAACAAAAAUUCCUUAAUAGACAAAGUACUUGAAAGAAUUGCCAUUAAUAAUCAAGUGUUAUGAACCAUAUGGAGCUCCACAUGAAAUACCUAACAAAGGAAAGAUUGUUAUUAUUUGUGGUGGAAUAUAAUUAUUUCUGUUUUGAAUAUUGCAU